AUGCUUCCGACCAUGUCUUUCGUUAAUUCGCUUGCGCGGUACACUCUUUUUCUCUCUCUUUUCACACUCAUUACCUGUUUUCAACCCGUUCCUGACAAUUCUGUCGGUGACUACAAUGAUCAGUGUGCAGACGCACUCACUACCAAUUUAACUUCCUGCGUCUCGGCUGUGCGCAGUCUCAGUUCCAAUAAUUUUUACUCGCAGCAUGGUCUUGACAAGAUUUGCACGAACGACUGUCGCGACGAGCUGCUGGAGUACAGAAAAUUUGUGGCUGCCGGAUGCUCCGGCGCCACUUACAGCAACGAAUGGGGCACAGUGUAUCCCAUCUCUGAGGUCGCCGACACUCUUCUUUUCAACUUCCAGCAGACCUGCUUGAAGGACCAAGGCAAUUACUGCAAUAUCGUUCUGGGUAACCUCACCAAGAACGGUGGAGAUGACUGCAACAAGUGCCUUUUGCUGAAGCUUCGCAACGAGGCCCGGUAUCCUUACGGCAGCGGACCUGAUGUGUAUUCGAGCGCGUACCCCAGUUAUACCUCUUCUUGCGGAUUCAAAGGGUACCCAGUGACUGCCAAGCCGACGGUGUCUCCCAGUUCGACUGUGUCCCUUCCUCAUCUAUCCAGCACACUCACUUCAUCCGUAGCAGCUACCCCAACGGCCAGUACUUGCAGCGGCAAGAAAGCGUCGCCACCUACCAACUCCUCAUGGACAACCAACUUCAAGCCUACUGCGCCAACUUCCCCUAAGUCUGGUGACCUCUGCAUCAAGAACCAUUGCACUACUUACACAGUCCAAAAGGGAGACACCUGUAAGAGUGUCGCGAAGGAACACAAUAUCACGAGAGUCCAGUUGCGCUCCUACAACCCAUGGAUCGACGGCGGUUGCUACAACUUCAACCGCACCAUCGGCACAGAAAUCUGCAUGGAUGAGCCUGGGGAGAAAUACCACGCUCCAUCCUCCGUUAUUUCUGCCACUGGCUCACCCACGGCUUCGUCGGCCGUCUCUGUCCCGACCAACCUCGCCCAAAACAGCACCAAGAACUGUGGCGAGUAUUACACGCCCAAGAGCAAUGAGACCUGUGACACAAUCGUCCAGAAUUUCCCCAUAAGCCGUGCCAAUUUCCUCAUCUUGAACCCGGGCCUGAACCAGAACUGCACAAACUUCAUAGCUGGCCUCAGCUACUGCGUCAAGCCCGUCAAGGACAUGGACAAUUACCCCGGUGCCCCAGGCUACAUGCCUUCUGUCUCCAAGAUCCCCUGGGGUGAUCUCCCUGACGCAACCUACACGCCUGUAAAUAACCCUGACCCGCUCCCCAUCGCCCCAGGCACAUUGAAGGAUUGCGGAAGCCUCAUCGAUGGCCGCGAUCUUCAAUACAACUACACGGGCGUCAGCAACUGCCAAGCAGCCGAAAUCGAAUUCUACCAGUUGCGAUUUCAGCAAGAAGUACAGGUAUUGUAUGGACGGACCUGGGGCGAGUGCAUCGUCUUCGGGGCUGUGCCUGGUACGCCGGCGCCUUCGACGCCGCUUACAACUUCGACCUCUUCGUCGACAUCUAGCCCAACCCCCACGAGCACAUCGACCCCUCGGACAUCAACCACUGAUAAAGACACAAGCACUAGUAGCAAGUCUACCAGUACGACCGCAACUCCCACAUCGACAAACGGAGCCGUCCCGUCCCCCACCCAGUCGAAUAGCAUUGCGGACAACUGCAGUGACUAUGCCAAGGCCAAGGAUGGCGAUAACUGCAUUGACUUCGCUAAGGAUCACGACAUUACUCCCAAGCAGUUGUACCAGUGGAACACAGUUUUGGGUGAUGGUGGCAAGGAGUGUGGGACUAUGUUCCAGAAAGAUAUAUACUACUGUGUUGGUGUGAGUGAAUAG